CGAAAAAUGGCGGCCAUAUGCGUAUGUAAUGGUGUUUGAGCCCGCCCACCCGUCUUCAUGCUCCUCCCCUGGCGUGUAGGUAGGUAUGCCGGCAUGGCAUGGCGAUUCGGGCGGCAGCGUGUGUGAUCUGCGACUGUCUGUUCGCGGGAUCGGGAGAGACGGUUCAGUCGGUUGGUGGCGUCGGUUCGUUGCGACGCAGCGGAGAGCCUCACUAUGCGACUGCGUGUCGGUGUCUCAGACGGCGGUCAACACCCGAGCCAGGGAUGAGGCGUGCGGAUGGACAGGCAAUACCGUGGUGGAAAGGCACCAAAAGGAUCGCGAUGACGGGCGAUCGUGGGUUCGACGCAGUGGGGGUCUCCCAGCGGGCUACGCUCUGGUAUGGAUUCUCAGUCUUUAGUGUAUCCGUAGAUUCUCUCCAUCACCAGCCAUCUGCCAUUCGAACGGAGUGUUGGAGACAAUGUGAAGCUCAGAACAAGACCCAGUGUUGGAAUGGGGUUCCGGUGACUCGCGUCUGAAGAGGGAAUCUGAUUCGCAUCGUCUGUUUCCCAUGCGCAUCAGCGGUGAUGAACACCGAUGGGGACAGUGACGAAGAGGACAGUCUGUAAAUGACAACGAUGAAGGCGCUAGCCGCCAUUCAGUUUAGAG